UUUGUCUUCAUCUGAUUAAGAUAUACAUAGUAGGUAAUGCACUCUAUAGUUGGCGACGGGUGUAAUUAAAAAGGGCAAUUAGUGCGGAAUCUUUAUAUUACUUUGUUUCUCAAUAAAACAUCCGAAUCCAAAGUUCAUGGCUGUCUUGUUAAAACUAAACAUUUGUUAUCACGCGCCGCAAUAUGGUGGGAUAAUUAAAUUAUUUUUUUUUUAUGCUGAUUGGUGCGCUUAUCAUCUUUCCCAGGCAGGGAAACACUUUUUAAAUUUCCUCAGUUCUACAUCACAAGUGACUGAGUUAGUUCUACUUAGAUUACGUGUUUUGAAAUGUUCCCACGUGUAGUGAUCUUCGUUCUAGCCGCUACAAAAUGUUUGGCGUUGGAAACCAUAAAAGUAACCUACGAGACUUACGAUGUGUUGCGGAAUACAGAGCUUUUCGUUGACAAGUCGCUCCUAACGGAGGCAUUUUUGGAGGAUGUCUAUUCUCCCAACACCUUACAGACCGGGCGACGAUCAUUCGGAAAAACAACCAAUCUAGACAUGAUCAGACGAUUCUUGGGAAUCGAUGUUCGGCCUAAUGGGACAAUGAUCAACGACAAGCGUCGACAUAGGAAUUACAAAGUUUUCGGCCAUACUAUUCGUAGUACGGGUGAAUACCCACUGGUAUACAAGAAUUCCAUCCAAUUUUUCACCAAAAACUUCGGGGAGCACCCCGUGAUAUGGUUGGACCUGGCCGCGGAAAAUACCGGACCUUACGAGGAAAUCAACUAUACACGACAUCUCAUGAACGGGACAUUGAGGGAAGCUUUUAAAAGCCACUUUUACCUCUCCAAUUCGUCAAAAAUAUCUUCUGAGGACAAAGAGCUCGUGAAUAAAUUCCUUGAUUCCAAAUCAGACCUGGGAUCACAUUCUUUUAGCGAGGGCGUCUCGUUCCUGAAAAAAAUUUUACUCGCGCAUUAUGAGCGUGACGUCUUCGUGUUGGCAGACAACGUGGACGCAGCAUUACGUCAGAUUAUUUUCGACCCGAAAAGGUACGACGACAAAGUGAUAGAGAAACUGGGGGGUUUCUUCGAUAGCCUUUUCGAUGUCUGCUCGAAGCCGGAAAAACCCGGGAACACUCUUCGGAAGCGACAAACGCUCCUCACAAGCAUCAUCCCGCUGGACACGAAGAACCCACGACUUUUCAGUAAAAACCAGUUUCCUGCCUACUUCAAUGGGUUUACGGAGCCCGAGGUGAGAAAAUUGUCAAUUAUACGGAAUAUGGAAGAGCAUAUGGACGGUAUUACGGCUUGGUACGGAGGUUUCGGGGAAAACAGUACGUACAACCCGUACUCGGUGCUCAGCUUCUUGUUCAGCGCGUCAAAAGAACUCAAACCCUAUUGGCUGGAACUUGGAUCCUUGGAGACUUUCAAAGCUGCAUUCUCGCCGGACUGCUUCGGGCCAGUACUCAUCGAGGCUUUUGAGCGGGGAGAAUUUCCACUUUCCAAAGCUCACGAGAGAGGGGAUUUUCCGCUGGAACAUGUUGCGCGCUUAAAGCAUCUGCAAAACCUCAGAAGCCCACCAUCGGCUUUCAACCAGUGUUCUGACGACAUCCUAGACACUUUCAUUGCCUUUUUAGUCGAUCUCGGCUACCUGACUUUCAAAGGUUUCGUUUGCGGAUCGGUGCCGGUGUUCAAGAUCCCUAAUUUGGAGGUGAGAGGGUACAUGUCGAAAAUAUUCUACGAGGCUCUUGCGGAUCAAAUACCUCUCAACGCUGACUCUAGGUACAGACAGGAAUUAUUCGAUGCCAUGACAGCUUUAAAUGGGUCGGAAGCGACCAUGGAGAGAUUUGCUCGGGUUUUAGUAACGUUGCUCGUGUCAGGUGAGCAAAAUAGUGGCGCUGCCGAAAUAGCACUGGCACACUCUGUCAGAGUGAAUUUGUUAAACCCGCCGUCGAAAUUCCGUGUCCCUUACGUGAGAACAAGCCGCGAUUUGAGCUUCGACGAGGCCAACCAGCCGAAUUUAAAUUUGGUCUUUGCCGUCCAGGAGGGGGAUCGAACCAUUGCGUUUGUAAUCAAAAUUGUAUCCGCUCAAAAGGUUGCGGUCGGCGGUGAGAUUUUAAUUCCAGCAGAUUUCAAAGCCUUCAAGUCGAAAGGACUCACGCGUAAAACCUGCAAGGAGAUCGUUUAUGUGGCAGCAAUUCUCAGCUGCGAUGAAAUUAAAUGUAAAUUUAAUUAUUUUUGGGAUGACUCGAGUUUAGAACAUGAAAAGCACGUGAAAAUAUCUAAGGACCCUAUUAGAAAAACGCUGAAAACGAUAAAAAAGUUUAAUUAAAACGAUUUGGUACCGUAUAAGUACUAGAUUUGGAAGUAUUGUUCA